GAGGGCAUGGCCAAGAGUGUUAUGGCAGAACUGCUUCAUUUGCAGGCAGUGGCGAUUGCGUUAGCAGACGGCGCCCACCUCUACACCCUGCGGGAGAUGAACCGGAAAUUUCUUGUCAAGUGUUUCGAUCACUUACCUCGGGAUGGGGGGUUGAGAGUGCCGAACAGAUUGGAGGCCGAGAAUGCAGAGAAACAGCUUUGGCAACAGAUCGCGGUCUUGUUCAAUGAAGAGAACUGGACAAUGGAUCAGGCGAUACGCGAGGUUGUCGUGGCUCGCAACGAGAUUCACGUUUUGCUCAUGCCGAGGGCCGUCGCGCCUAAAAUUCCGUGGCAACCGUGGACACCGCAUCGCAUCAAAGGCGAUGGCAAGCAGGGGACCCACGGCAAGGGCGGCAAAGGGGAUAAGGGCACUAAGGGCGGUUCUAAGGAUGGUAAAGGUUCCCAGCGUCAUACCUUGAUGAUCAAUGGCCUGCGAGUGGGUAGCGCCCUGACCAUGUUUUCUGAAGUCCCACCGGACUUAGCAAACAGUGCGGGCUCCAUGAAUUUGAAUGUCUCCGUUGGGGACUUUCAGGGGGGUGCAUUGUGGCUGGAGUCAGCAACAGGCACUUUAUGGCGCCAGCCACCAGGCAGCCAGCACUGGAUCAAGGGCGAAGAAGGAACGUUAGCCAAACUUGGUUUUCCGGAGGUAUCUCCGGCGCAACUUCCUCAUGUAUCGCAGACACAGGAGUCAGUUGCCACAUCAGCGGUUACUUCCACCGCGCCAAUCUCAGCCUUGCCACCGGUGGUGGCCACACAGCAGCGCCCUCUUUUCUUUUUGGAUCUUUUCGCUGGUGCAGGUGCACCACUUUGUCAGGAGGCCGCACCGUUUGCAAAUGCAUCACCUCCUUGCUGCGGAUACAGCAUUGUGAAGCAGUUCGAUGGCGGACCGCCACCAUGCCGCUCAUGGGAAUGCUUGGGAGGCUUUCCAUCCAAUAAUGCUGAAGCCCAGGAGCGUGUUCAGUCCAGCCACCUUCUGUUGUCUCGGGCAGUCAUGCUUCUGCACGCUGUGUUUCAGAGUGGUAAUCACGUAAGCUUAGAACAACCUCGUAACUCUAUGGCUUGGGCCGAGCCCGUGACCCAGGCCUUCUUGCUGGAAAUUGCGGCGGAUGUGAUUCAGGUUGCCGCUUGCAGCUAUGGUUCGAGCUAUGCAAAGUACUGGGCCUUCGCCACAAGUUGGCGACCUUUACAGCAGUUGCAAAGCACUUGCCAGCACGCGGCGGGUCAUCAUGAUGUCUUUCACGGCAAACGUGACGCCACAGGCCAGUUCGUGUCUCGGCACACAGCGGUGUUCCCUCCCAUGCUGUGCAAUGCGUUCAUGCAGGCCAUUAGCCCCUUGUUUCCAGCGAGUACGCAAGUUACCAGCUUCACAUCAUUGGAUCAGGCACUUUCGGCCAUGCCGGUGCGCCCCUUGAACGAUUUCCCGACUGGCCAACAGGAUGGCGGCGGUAUCUACAGCCAGCCCGACUGGACGUCUCCUCCGGCGGGACAAAAGGACACCUUCCGCCAGUUGCGCCAAGAUAUGUGGGGUUUUUUCAAAGAGCAUAAACUUUUUGAUCGCCUUCGCAAACAUGUCAGCGAGUCAUCGCAAGAGCCGCUCAUUCAGCAGCAUGAGCUCCCGGCAUUGCGAGCAAUUUGGGAAGCUUGGUUUAAAGCUCAGGGUUUCGCGGAUUCAAUUUCAUGGGAGGUCGCGCCCGACCAGCCUUACUGUCUUCAGGCCCUUGAGCUUCUGAGCAAGGCUCUUGACGACCGUGAUGUGGAGCUUUGGAAGGAUUUGCAGGCUGGGGUACCAACAGGUGUUGAUGGUGACAUCUCUAUGAGCAAUUGUUUCUUGCCUUCCCCAGCGAAUUUCAAUCCAGACGAUUUUGAUGUACAAGUGUGUUCGGGCAACUGGCCCGGGGCCAAUGAGGAGCCAGAAUUGCUGGCAGAACUUGUGCAAAAAGAGGUGGACAAGGGAUACGUGCACGUCUUCGAUUCUCUCGAAGAGGCCCAAGCCAAGUGGUCCCGGGUCGCUGUAGGCAAAGUAAAUGUAGUGAAAAGUGGUUCUAGAGAUCCUCGGUUAAUUGUCGACCCAUCGGUCAGUGGGGUUAACCCUAGCUGCCACCUGCCUGAGCGCUUUCUUCUCCCCGGUCUCGGGGACAUCAGGGCUGUGUAUCCCCUCAGGGGUGUGUCGGGCUGUAUAGCCGCAUGCACGUUAGACAUACAGGCCGCCCACAAAACCGUUCGGAUUCGGGCGAGUGAACAAGGAUUGCUUGGAUUUUCCGUGAACGGCAAAUACUAUUUUUAUAAAGUGGCACCAUUUGGAGGUUCUUUUUCAGCGUUGUGGUGGCAACGCGUAGCGGGCUUUUAUGUUCGCACCGGCCAUCGCCUGAUCUUCAUCAGCCACGUCCUACUUAUGUACGUGGACGACGCUUUACUCCUUCAGCACAGUUCGGCCAUCGAGUUUUCUGCGCUCUUGAUGGUGGCAUUGUCACAAUCGUUUGGCUACCCGAUCAGUUGGCGUAAGCUCCAGCUGGGGCCCAAGCUGGAAUACAUUGGGUGGCGGAUUAAUUUCCGUGCAGGGACGUUUUGUCUGCCUGAUUCUAAGGUGGCCAAACUUUUGCAAAGCCUGAUGCAAGUGCUCCGGUCCGAUCCUUGCACCAAGCGUGAUUUGCAGGCUCUUAUCGGUCUCCUUCACUGGGUGUUGCAGAUGUCGCCCGAGUUGCUACCGUGGCUGUGCUGCUUGUAUCACGACAUGUCUCGUCCCUUGGGCACAAAUUUUUCCUUGCAUGCAGGUGCCUGGCAACAGUUAGCAGAUACCUUGACUGAUGAUUUGCAUUUCCGCAAAUCGCCGCCAGGGUCGACCAUCCCCCCGGGGAGCAAAUUGCUGAGUGCACGCCAUGUGGAAAUCAAGUGCAAAGCGGAUUUGCGUCUGGUUAGGGCCACAGGCAAGCGGGUCUGGAUUCGUGUGGCGGAUGCAUCAUCCAGCAAGCGUCGGAUCAGCACGGUGAGCAGACAGUUCAUCAUGUUCUGGGUUCACUUUUGCAUGCGACCUCAGAUGCCCCGUUGCUUGUCUUUGCCACCUUUGGACUUUCAGUAUUCUUUAGCUGCUGACGCUUGUGCUAAAGGCAACGACAUUGGGAUUGGCGGAUGGGUUGAAUUGCCGAAUCAGCCCAUCGUCUGGUUCUCCGAGUGGUUUACGGUCCAAGACUUCCGUUCCCUGGGCUUGCCCAUGAAAGAUGAUGCUAAUUUGGACAUCACGGCGUAUGAGACGCUGGCACAACUGGCUCUCUUGAUAGCUUUCAUUUCCAUCACUCCUACCGGGCGACUUCGGGUGUGCAUCCCAUCUUGGUCGGAUAACUCGGGGACCGAGUCCUUGACGAACAAGCUUUUCACAGUGCAUGCACCACUCUGCUUCUUCGCUCAGAAACUGGCCACGCGUAGUUGGCAGUCUGGCAUCUCGCUCGAUUGUACACACAUCGCGGGAUGUCACAACGAUAGCGCUGACUUCUUGAGUAGAUGGAAAGGCGACUUGCAGGAACUCCCUUCCCGGUUCCACUUGGAUCAUCGGGUUCGAUGCCCACUCACAGUCUUGUGGGAGGGGGAGCGUGAUGUUCGGGUUUUCCCGCCAGAUGCUAAGCUGCUAUGGCAGCCGCCUGUAUCGUCCUUGAAUGCACAAAGCGCUUAA